CCGUUUCCCGCUGGCUGGGUGGUGGGUUUUGUAUCGGAACCAGAUUUGUGGGUGGGGGGUCCGCAGGAGUUCUGGUCUCACCACGAUGCUCCAGAACUCCUUCGAAUCCGGUUCUGGUUAAUCCUCCAGAGAGACACAUGCCGCAGUCCGAACCCUCCAGGCGGGACCGAGCUCCGGACCGACAGGAUGCCGAGCGGUCGGGCUCGGUUCGGGACCGUCUGGAGCUGAUCGGCUUGGUGCUGGGAGAACUGGACUUCCUCCGGCAGAGACAGGAGCUGCUGGUCCGGACCGCCCUGCAGGAGGAGGAAGAGGUCCUUGAGGCUCAGCUGGACUCAGAGGAGAACAUCCUGGUUCUGAACCGUCUGAGGUGGAGAGACGCUGCUCUGAUCACUCAGCUCCACCAGCUGGACCAACAGAUCCAGGAGCUGCGACUGAACCCCGAGGCGUCUCAAGUCCAGCCGGAACCUGACAGCAGACCGAGUUCCGGUUUCUACGAGUUGAGUGAUGGGACGUCUGCCUCGCUGUCCAACUCGUCUCACUCCGUCUUCAGUGAAGGUUUCAGCUCAGCAGCCGACUCUGAAGGACCCCUCCCAUUCAAAGAGAAACCAGAUGGCUGCUUGGACUGGGAUGUUCUCGUCUCAGGACUCUGCGGUGACUCCCUCGAUGCCGCCUCCUUCCUAGGUCCCAGUGACUUCCGGUCCAAGUCUUUCUUUGGACCGUUGGCCCAAAAUGCCAGUGAAACGUACCGUUACGCUGCCCCUCUGCACGCCGAGGCUACCCAGGACCUUGGUUUUCUGCAGACCAGAGAUGAAGCCGGUACUGAACCAGAAACCUCCCCUGACUCUGUUUCAAUCCCUCCGGUACCUCAGAACUCCUUCCUCCAAACACGCUCAAAUAGGCACCUGGACAGUUACAUCUACAGUCUGCUGCAGCGGAGGGCCCGGCCCAUCAGGUCCAGCAGACCCAGAACCAGCUUCAGCACAGACCCCUCAAAAAGCAUCCUGAGGCAGGCCAGCUUCUGUGGAAGGCUGAUGUCAAUUCCUGGUUCUGGUUUGGGAAAUCCAAGAUCUUUGUUCCCUGCUAUAGGAACCACAGCAGAAUCUGGACCAACCUCAUCUUCACAAAAGAAAAACUGUAUGGAAACCAGAAGCGAGGAGCUGAAUGGUAUUCAUGGUGACAUGAUUCGAACUGGUCUCAGAGUCAACAGCAGUGAGUCUGGAUCACCUGGUGGCUCUCACAUCCAGAACAGUGGUUCUGUCUCUAUUAGGGACAGCAAUACCAAGAGGGGAAACGGUUCCUCCCCUCAUUCAGCUGCAACUCUUCUCAAGGACUUUAGAAACCAAGAAAGUCCUUCAGCUAACUCCUCCCACAAAAAAACAUGUCAGCCUUGUUGUCCCACUAACCAGGAGCUGGUUCUUUCAUCAUCUCUAGCAGGAGAUGAUGUUGGAACCAGCUGGGAGAAUCAUCCUGGGAUAAUACAGACCAGUUCUUCCAAGAAUGGACCCCAGCUUCUCCAAAGUGGCCCAGCAAAGAAUGCAGAAAAGUCAGUCCCACAGCUCUCCAGUCUGGGUGGAUCAUCUAAGAAUCUGACAAAUGGUGGAAGAGAAGGACAACAGAGGAUUGUGGGUAACGGCUGGUCCCUCCCUGCCAAGCAGCAGAACCUGAAAGACUGCAGGGGCAGCAGCAAGAACAUCAAGACUUCCAAGAUGGCACUAAGGACACUGUUGGCCCUCGAAGCCAACGAGCUGCCUUCAGAGAGAAAAGGUGAUAAAUCCUGCCACAAGUUUAGCUCCAGGACAAUCCUGUUACUGGAAGAUGCAAGCUCUGCAAACGUCAAGACAUCUCGCAGAGGUACAUCCGUUUCAGAAAGACAAGUCCUGGACAAACACGCCAAGUCAAACAGCCUGCAGUCCGGUGGAUCCAAGCCCCAUCGGCACGCAAUCCAACGACGACACCACAACCACCAUCACCGUGUGUGCAAUCAACCAAAACACAAGCGUACUGAUCACCGGCGCUUACGGGUGAUCGCAGAGAUUCCAUCAAGCAGAGCUAAGAAGAGUGUCCUGAAGAGACAGAGACACCUGCACCCCCCGUCUGGAGGCCAGCAGGGCAGUCCGUACUCCUACGUGACAGGAAGUGACUCAGAGUAUUCAGCAGAGUGUUUGUCACUCUUCCACUCCACCAUCAUGGACACCAGCGAGGAUGAGAGGUCCAACUAUACCACAAACUGCUUCGGAGACAGCGAGUCCAGUGAGCAAGAAGAGGAGAACGGCACCACCACAGACCGAGAGGAGAGUGUCGGAGGUGGCCCGGUAGUACCAAGAAGAGGGAAGGGGAGGCGGCAGUCAGGAGCAAAGCAGGACAGUCAUCUGGGUCACACCAAGACCUUGAUAAAGAUUAAAGCAUCUCACAACCUGAAGAAGAAGAUCCUCGGGUCCAGAUCAGGUUCUCUCAAACUCAUGACCACUGUGUGACCCACCAAACCAGACCAGAACCAUACUGGUUGGACCUGUCUGACCAGGCUACAGGUUGCCUUACAUCCAUGCAUCUUCUGUGCCUGAAAUAAACCCAGAACUUGAACGUUUACAGACCCAACUACAGUUCCAAA